AUGCGAUUUCUCAAAUCGGCAGCAUCUGCUGCCUUUGCGGUGUCAUUAUUUGCUAUGCCAAUCAUUGCAGCGACUACUGCAACUGCGGCGGCUACAACAGCUACCUCAGAUCUACCAAAUCUUUCCAGUGUGGCAGCAUCGGAAUCUUCAGCCGCUGUAGCAUCAACGAAAACCACAACAUCGAGUGACACAACAUCGUCUGGGACGACAACAGCUGGAUCGAUUGCAGUAAUUACAGGUGGAUCUACUGCAACUGGGGCGGCUACCACUACUUCCGCUUUACCAACAUUGGCUGGCGCAUUUACAAUUCCGACACCUUCUGUUCCUCCAACUUCAAAUGCACCAUUUAUGCAAUUGUCGAAUUAUCCCGAAGGCACAGUUUUCAUUGCAGUGGGUGCAGUUCUUGGAUUUUUGGCGCUAUCUGUUUUGGUUUGGCGUACGAUGAUUGCUUGGGCUUUACACAGAUCCGUCAAACGCGCUGCUGGUCAAAAAACCCAUGUGGAUCAAAAGCAAUUAUUCCAAGCUCCGCAAGCACCAUUUUACAACUACGCCGACAAAGAAUCAACGCUCUCACUUGGAGGAGGAGGACUGGGCGGAAAAAGUGGCAAGAAGAGGCCAACGACUGGCAACGGAACACAAUCUCAAACCUCUCUGUUUUUCAGUCCUACAGCUCUCGCCGGUGGUAAUAACCCAGGAAAUCGUGCAUCGAAUUAUCUUCCAGCCGGAUACUACGCAUCAGGAGCAGCAGCUCCAGGAGCAUAUCCUGGCGACAGACAAAGUAUCAGUAUGUCGAAUCUCACACCACAAGGAUAUACGAGAGGACAUCCAAUGGAUCGUUCGCCACCUGGUAGCCCUAGUCAUGGUACUCAUUCCGAGUCGAGUACAUCGGAUCUAAGGCCAACGGAUGGGAAUGUCAGGGCACCAAGUGCAUAUUUGGAAGAUCUUUUCGAUGGGGAGAAUCCACUUCCAACACCACAGCAAGGAGGACGUGAUAGGCGAUCUGGACGGUACUGA